GUUACAUUAGGCGGCAGACCAGAGGCAACUCCAGAGGCCGAGGAAUCCGCCAGCCAGGACUUGGAUCUCUCUGUGUCUUUGCUGGGAUCCACCGGCAGUGGGGCCUGCUCUCAGCUCUCAGGGAGGGGCGCCCCCCGCUGAGCUCCCGCCCCUAAAACUUCCCAGCCCGCCCAUGUCCGACCCUCGGUCUUUGCCUCUGCGCCUGGUAACGGUCAGCUUCUCUGGCUCUGUGGUGGAGUGGCCCUAGGCUCGCUGAGUUGUGAUUGUUCCUUGUUUUCGGAGUCCCAGAGUAGCCUAGUCUCAAACAAUAGGUCCUUUCUCCACCAGGCAUCUGGUAGAGCACUGCACUCCUGAACACCGGGUUGGGUAGGGGUGUGGAUGCAGGGACUGGAUGCAGGAUUGCUUCUCCGCAGCUAGCGGGGGGCCCCACCGGAGGAGGCAUUGUCUCCCCUCCCCCAACUGGAUUAAGGCUUGUGAGAACUGUGGGUUUAUCCUGCAGCUGGGACUGCCAGUCUUUUGUCACCAGAGCUGACAGGCUUACGCGUGGCUGGGGCUCCUGCUCUUCUUUCCCCCUGCGGGGAUUGGGACGGCAGAUUGCUUCCGUCUGUCCUUGCCAGAGUCUUUCUGUUUUCUCAUCCCUUUUCAUCUGUCCUGUUACUUCUUUCUGGUGCGCUUCCUUUCUUUCUGUCCGGGGAAUACGGUCUGUCCUUUGUUACCCUGACCCUUCUAUCCCGGAGUUGCAUGGAGGAAGCGUCCAGUCCGCCAUCUUACCACAGAAAGCAAAACAUUUUUCUCUUCUGAUACAGUGGGGAAGGGGGUUUGUGGAGAGGGGGGAGCAGGAGACUACGAAGAGGACGAGGUAGUAUCAGUGGGAAACCAAGUUGCUGCUGGAGAGAUGUUUUCCACAUCCUUCAGUUUGAGAUGCGAUUCCCCUAAUUAGGUAAUUUCUGCUGCCUGACUAGAACACCUCGGCUAGAUCCCCAUCUCUCCUUCAUUUACAAAUGCGUAGGGGGAUCAGGGGCUACUGGGUUUUCCCUUACUUUACCAUAUGUGUAGGAUCCUGUGGGUCUAGAUAGUCUUUUUUUCCCCCCACACACAUUUUUUCAUUAGUUUAGUCACGUGGCUUUUUUGGAUCUAACACUGGUAUCAUACAGAGAUAUCUGUAGCACACUCCAUAAAGGUUAAUUAAUGCAACUGAUUUCAUUUAGCUACAGGGGCUCCCAAUUUAUUGUCUGUUUUUUUCUUUGUUAUCAUAAAUACUUUUUUUAAGUGAAAACAACAAUGUAUUUUAUGCCAAGCCACAAGAAUAUAUCUUGUCAACAAAACACAUUUUUAACAAUAUGUGCAUAUUGAAAUGUGACUUUUGGCUGCAGUCAAUAGAAAAUUGGCAAUAUUAAAUGUUCAGCAAACAAUUUUGAAAAAUUAACGUCUGACUAUAAUGUAAAACAAACUAGAAAACUUGGUGGGAUACCUAGAUUUUAUAGGAUCGGUGGAGAUGUGUGUGAUGGUUAAAGUGAUCAUCGCCUCUACAGGGUCUGGGCUCACUUAGAGGUCAGUCUCCUGCCACACCUGUGAGUUAUCUUGAUUAGGUUAAUUGGGGGUGGGAAGACCCACUUUCAAAACAGGCCACUCCAUUCCUGGGACUCGGGCUUGGGUCCUGGACUGCACUGAAAAGGAGCAAGCUAGCUGAACAGCAACAUCCUUGGCUGUCUUCUUCCUGACUUCGGAAACUAUGUGACCAGCUGCUUCAGGCUCCUGCUGCCUUGACUGCCCUGCAUGGUGGACUGACUGUGCCCUGGAACUGUGAGCCUGAAUGUACCCUUCCUUUCUUAAACUGCUUUUUCAUCGGGGUAUUUUAUCGCAGCUGGAAAAGUAACUAAGACAGUUUGUUUCUCAGAUGCCCUGAGCCGAUCAGCCUUUCUAAAGCAUGAACUGUCUUUUUCUUUAGUGGCAGGGACAGCUGAAAUGAUUUCUCAUUAGCAGUUUUAAUUCCACUAUUACUUUCCACAGAGACAUAACAGCUAUACCAACUUGGCAUGUCUAUGCCUCGUCUAAGCUAUUCUUAGGUGCAAAUAAAAGACAGCAGCAAGGUCAUAUUUAUUUCUAACUUUCUAUAACUCUCCCUGAACACAUUUACUCAGAAGGACAAGGUUCUUGGGUGAGGUUUAUUCUCUUCUUACCAUACAUUGAAUGUGGGUAUAUAAAGUUGUUAUUUAUUCAUUUACUCAUUCAUUUAUUUAGGUAUGUAUAAGGCAGGCACAUUCAUGCCAUGGUAUAGGUGGAGGUCAGAGGACAUCUUGUGGGAGUUAGCUCUCUCCUCCUACCAUAUGGAGUCUAGGAAUUGAACUCAGAUCCUCAGGGCUUGGCAACAAGCACCCCCUCCCUACCCUCACUGACCUCUGAAGUUAAUCGUUAUUAAUGUAUCUUGUACUAGAUGAUGAUGGGAUAAAAGAAGGAAAUGAAAGUAUUUUGCAAGUGUGUAUACAUGCAUGCUCAUAAGGCUUGUGUAUAUAAUGCACAUGCAUCCACCUGUGUAGUAGCAGGGCCAGCCAGGGAAGAAGAGGGGAGCAGGCUGGCCCUCUCAUGCCAGGGCUGCACCGCCAGCCAGCUCUCCAUUGUUGACGUCUUCCAGGCGAGUGCCAGCUUUUCUAUUUUCUCUUCUUCCUCCUGACUGAGUCAGCCCCACCCAUACUGGAUAGUCUGCCUUACAUGGAGUCAUCUAGUUUUACUCUUUAAUCACAUGUGCCAAGUACAUUCGCUGCACACCUGCACUAAGGUUGAGUCGGUAUACUAGAGAGCUGAGGCUGGCCAAUUGAAUGUACAGACAGAUCAGCCAGGACAGGAUAAAGAAGUUAAAUGUGUUUCCGCAGAAGAUGAGAAAAUUUUGAAAAAUACGAAACAAGGGGAGACUCCUAAUAUAUUAAAGAAUAUGGUCACGUCAAGGUAAUUAUGAAAUAAAACAACCGGAAGUGAAUAGUAGGAGCUAGCUGAGGCUGUAGCUUGGGGCAUUUACCUAGCUGUUUGAGACUGGGUUCCAUCCUGAGCACAGCAAAAGAUGAAGAAGAUGAAAUAAUAUACAGAUAUAAUCUAGAGAGCUCAGAAAUAAAACCAUACAUGGAAAGGCAUUAGGAUAGAUGCAGAAUUACCCAGCAGAGUCUGUACUUUUUCUCCAAAUUCAACUUGUUUGUGUAAGUAAUUACUUCAAAGUCCUCCUAUGUGGCUCUGUUAGUCCAAGUUACAUUGCUCUAACAAGUGGCCCAGAGAGACAGGCUGAGGAAGGGAGAAUUCAUUUCUUGCUCACUGGUUCAGAGGUCUAUCUGUGGUCACUGGGGUCCACUGCUGUAGAUCUGAUCAGGCAGCAUAUCAAGACAGUGAGUCUCAGGCUGUUUAUCCUGGAGAUCUGGUAGCAGAGAGAGAGGGUGACAGGAAUGCAGCAGGGCCACGCCUCUCCUUUGAAGUCACACAGUCUUAGCCGCCCUCCAAAGGAGUCUCUGCCUUCACAGUUCAUCACCUGUUAAGAGUCUUCUGAGUGUCAGUCCACCCAAGGGUUAAACCUGUGAUUAGCUCAGCUCGUGAUCUAAUCUCCUCUGGAAGCACCCCAGACACACCCAGAGGCGGUUCCACUAAUCUCCUGGCAACCUCUUAAUCCAAUCAAGUUGACAAUCAAGAUUUGCCACAGUGCUGUUGCAUAUUUAAUGAGGGAUUAAAGCAACAGGUAUUUAAGGGAUGGGUGGGCCACUGUGGGCUGUGAUUAAACCCUGUGUCUUUGUGAGCAGCGCAGUUGGGUCACUUGCCUCGUGGGAUCCUGGUGACACCAGUAUGGAUCUAAGCUGCCCUUUUGGCCUCCUGGGAAAAGAAGUCCGGAGAAGGAGAAUAGUUCUGAACCAGAAGCAAAAGGACACUCUUCGUGCAUGGUUUCAAAAGAAUCCCAAUCCGGAUUUAGCUACCAGGGGACUUUUGGCUAAGGAACUGGGCAUCUCAGAGUCUCAAAUUAUGACUUGGUUUCAGAAGCACAGAAAAAUACAGAAACAAGUGGAGUUUGAAUAUUGCUUUGAAGACAGCCAAGCCCAGGGACGGGAUAAACCUAAAGUUAAAGAACCUGGGAGGAGCCGGACACAGUUUACAAAGGCGCAGGUUGAUACUCUAAUUGCAGCUUUCAAGAUUAACCGAUUCCCUGGGAUUGUUACCAGGGAGAAGCUGGCUCAAGAAACAGGCAUCCCCGAAUCCAGAAUUCAUAUAUGGUUUCAGAAUCGGAGAGCUCGGCACCCAGACACCCAACAGGGUACUCAGGCAACUGCUCAGCUGCCUCAGAACAGCCAGUGCCCUGCCCUGAAGACUACUGGUCAACCUCCUCCUUCUACAACUCUCCCCAGCAGCUUGUCAGUCACACCAGCCUUUUCUCCACCUGACCCACAAUCUAGUCCUUUGGAUCUCUCUAGGGGCAGUCAGAAGCAGUUAUCAAGGACCACAGUACCGCAGCCAUCCCAGGUUGGACAGGGAAGGGGUGAUCGUCCAAGUUCCUCCGUGUUUAAUGGCCACUUAUCACCGGUCAUAGCUCCAGCACUGGAGGCCUUCCAUCCUCCGGCUCCUUUAUGGCUCCCCAUCCAAGAAAGAUGUCAGGAUUCCAGUGUGGACAGUGGUUUGGCUGUACAACCCUUAGACGGUUCUACUCAGGCCCCGGCUGUCAAUCAACUGGCCCGGAAAGACUUUGCCUUUCUGCAGCACUGGGAUGAGUGGUUCCAACUGAUGCUUGCUGAGUGGGUACCUGACAGAGAAUACUGGUCCCCUGGCAACCCUGAGCUGCAGCAUCCAUGGCAGAUGCAGCCUCUGUAGCCUGCCGGCCUACCUCAUCAAGCGGACGAAAUUCCACAGCAAUAGGGUUAAGCCUCAAGCCGUUUCUGUUAAUUCCCACUGAACAUGGCUUCAUCUCUUCACAUCCAGGCCCACCUGUGGAUGACUGUGCAUGGCUUGGAGAGCUUCUCAGAAGAUUUUCAGGUUCUCUUUUAUGGAGGGAGAAGUUUUAUCAGUGACGCAGAUUCAGGAGACCAUCAAGAUCCUAAUCCGGGACACCUGGCCUUGGGUUUGAAAUCAGGGGAUAUAGUGAAGAAUAAAUAUAACCGAAUCAUGGAACUAGUUCAAUUCAGUGAACAGCAUAAACCACCUGGGCACAGAAAGGAGCAGCGAUUUUUACUUUUAAUUUAUUUUUGAGAUCUGGUCUUACUUUUAUUCAGCCUGGUUUUGAGCUCCCAUGCCGCCUUUUCCUGAAUAGCUGGCACUACAGGUAUAUGCCUCCAUGUCUGGCUUGGUUUUGAUUUUAAUUAUGGUUUUAAAAAAAAAUUGUUGAACGUUGGUGACACACCCCUUUAAUCCCAGCAC